AUGUGGAAUGGAUUUGUUAGGGCUGCAGGCAGGCUCUCCAUCGGCCCCAGCAGCACCCGGAGGAAGGAGCUGAAGGAAAUCCUCCUGCAGAGCAGGACCCCCAGCAGCACCACACGGUUUGCCACCGCUCAGAAGGCAUCCAACAGCAGCAGUCUCCAUGCAGGGCCGUACCAGGAGCAGAAGCCUGAGCAGAGCCCCGAGGUGCUGUCCCUUGCUCUGGAUCCCCUGGAGCAGCAGUGGCUGCUGACAGUGGCCCAGGGCGAUGCGGACAACAUCAUCAGGCUGCUGGACCUGGACCCCAGCCUGCUGACCAGGAAAGACUUUGUGACGGGCUUCACCGCUCUCCCCUGGCUUUUCCACCAUGAGAGCUUCAUCCAGGGACACGAGCUGCUCAUCAAGGUGCUGGUGGGAGCCUACGGGGCGGACACCAACCGCAGGGACCACAACGGGCGCAAGGCCUGGCAAUACCUGAGGGCAGACACCUCCAGGGAGCUGAAGGAGCUGGCGGGGGCCUUGGAGGAGGACUUGGUCCAGCUGCGCUCUCACAACACCAACAACAACUGUAAGUCAUCCAGAGAGGCCAGGGCAGGGCGGGACUGCGUGGACUCCGUGGCCGAGGGGAAAGCCCAGCGCUCCUGGAGGCUCUCGACCCUCCGAGACCUUGUCAGGCAGGCAUUCGCCUUCUUCCAGGAGCGCUGA